AUGAACAAUAAUAUUUGUUAAUAACAUGGAAAUAAGACUAUUACUCAUAUAUGCACUUAUAAUCAUAAAUGUUAAAAACUUAUGUGUCCUUUGUGUUAAUUUGAGCAUUAAAAAAUUUAUCCUCCUGAUGAAAUAAUUCCAUUAGAUCUAUAUAUUCAAUAAUUAAAGAGAAAUUCAAAAAAUAUUGAGAAAAAUCAAUAGGAUAUUUUAAGUUUAGAAAAGAUCAUAAGAAUGGGUUUAGAUGAAAUUUUAUAAAAAACUCUUAAAUUUUGUGAUAGCUCCAACAUUAAGUUAAAUUUCUUAUUUGGGGAAAUAAAAUUAAAGGAUAAUAAUUACAAAGAAUUAUUUGAGAGACAUCCUUUUGAAACAUCACUAAGAGAUCUUCAUAAGAUAUCAAAUAUUUGUUAUAAUAAACUUUAAGAUAAGUGGCAUAAAUAAAAAUAAAGUAUCAUUUCAAUAAUAAUGAAAAAAUUUGAUUUGAUAUAUUUGUAUUUUAAUAAAUUGAUUGCGAUAUUGGAGACUCAAAUGAAUAAGUGGGAUGAAGAGAUAUCAAAUAAGAUUGAUAAUGAUUUUUAAUUUGAGUAUGAAUCAAUAUAAAUACCUGUUGUUUAUGGAAUAAAGCAUGGAUAGACCUACUAUAAGAAAGAUGGUGUUUAAGAUUUAGUAAUUAAAUUCAUUAAUAUAAAUUAGUAUGGUUCUAUAUAAUUAAAUUAAUUUGAAGGUAUUUAAAAUUAAUAAGGUCUUAUUUUAUCUUAAAAAAGAUUAAAGUUAACACCCUUUAAAAUAAAAAUACUAAAUGAUGAAGGCUAAGUCUGGUAUAUUAAAGAUGGAGAAAUAUUGAAAAUGUAAUAGAUUUUUUAAUCAAUUUAGAGAGAAUGUUCUUAAUACUAAUGAGAUUCAUGAAAUAAAUAGAAACUUAGAAUAAGUAAAACAUAUGAGAUGGGAAGGAAAAUUUGGAUUAAAAUUUUAGAAAAUAAGCUAAUGGAAUGCUUUUUGGUAAGGUAAAAAGUUAGAUGUUGGGGGUCUAUAUGAUGAGGAAGGAUUUAAGACAGGAUAAUGGGUUGUAUAAUCAGAGAUUUAUUAAAAGUAUAUAAUAAUAUUGAUUUAAUUAAAUUAGUUAAUGUUAAGUAUCUUAAAUUGGAAAUUAUAUAUAAGGACGGAAAUAAGGAAAAUGGUAAAUUUUGCAUAAAGGUGAAAUCAUGUAUUUAAUGUUAAUAAUUUAAAAAGAGGAAAUGGAGAAUAUAAUUAAUAAAAUAUAAAGGUAGGAGCUUGGGUAGAAUUACAUAAAAACUUUAAUAAGUUUUAUUUAUAUUUUUAUUUUGUAGUAAAAAUUAAGUAUUUGAUAUUGGACAAUAUAUUAAUGGAAGAAAAUCUGGUGUUUGGGAAACAUAUUUUAAAGAUGAAAUUUAAUUUAAAUAAAAAAAAAUGUAUAUUGUAAAUAAUUUUAAAGAGGAGGAGGGAAUUAUGAUUAAUAAAAUGGUUUGAAGAUUGGAUAAUGGAUAGAGAAUUAUAGUACAUUUUAAGAGUAUAAAUUAUAUAUAUUUGGUUAGUUCUUGCAAAUUCAUUUACAAAGGAAAUUACAUAAAUGGAAAGAAAGAAGGAAAAUGGGAUAUUUAUUUACAUGAUCUGAUAAUGUAUUUAUGUUUGAAAUACAAAGAGGAGGAGGCAAUUAUAGAAUGGACAAGAAGAUAGAAAUAUGGAAGGAACUGAAUGAAUAUAAU